UUGGCUAAUCAAAUCACGUGGCAUCCUUGGGUCUAAAAGAAAAACUCCUUCCAUUGCUCUGCCUUUUCUCCUAAAAUUUCGUCUGACGAACGGUCGAACAAGUAAAGGUUGGAAUUUCGACGGGAUUUCUCUUGUUGACUCGUUUAAACAAUUUUUCGUGUCGUCAACUAAGGAUGCACAGAACACGAAGUCUUGUUGCUGGCUUGCUGCCUCUCAUACCUGGGGCAGCACCUGAACGAUUAGCUGUUUGGCUUGUCAAAGGUUAUGUUCAGAACUCAUCAGCAAGAGCACCGCUGGCUGCCUUGAACAUUAGGCAAUACUCCGCAGCACCACCUCCACCUACACAGGCUGCUGCUGAACCUUUCCUCAAUGGAUCUUCAUCAGUCUAUGUUGAGGAAAUGUACAACUCUUGGUUGCAAGAUCCCAAAAGUGUUCAUGCAUCAUGGGACUCUUUCUUUCGAAAUGCCAGCGCGGGUGCUGCUCCCGGCCAGGCCUAUCAGGCACCACCAUCCUUGGCUGUGCCAGGCAGACACGAAAUUCCAAUCACAGCUUUAGUGCCGCAAAUGUCGAUGUCAGGUGUUUCCACCGGUCUCCCAAUCGAUGAAAAAAUCAUUGACGAUCAUCUAGCUGUUCAAGCUAUCAUCCGUUCCUAUCAGACCAGAGGACACCAUAUAGCCGACCUAGAUCCACUGGGCAUCAAUUUGGCCGAUUUGGACGCGACCAUUGCUCCUGAAUUACAGCUGGCCACCUACCGUUUUGAUAAUUUACCGCUAGGCAUGGAUCAUGAUAGUGAUAGUCAGCUAUCUGAGAAGCAAACACACUACGAAGUGGCCCCUCCUCCCGCCCGCUCCCUCCAAUGGCAGGAAAAGGAUAUGGACCGCAUUUUCAAACUGCCAGCCACCACCUACAUCGGGAAGCCGGACGAGCGAGCACUGCCACUCAGAGAGAUCCUCAGCCGACUGGAGGCGGCCUAUUGCCGUCACAUUGGUGUCGAGUUUAUGUUCAUCAACUCUUUGGAGCAAUGCAACUGGAUUCGGAAGCGUUUCGAGACGCCCGGCGCCAUGAGUCUGGACGCCGAAGGCAAAAGACUCCUCCUGGCCCGUGUCACACGUGCGGCCGGAUUUGAGGCUUUCUUGGCACGAAAAUGGACGUCCGAGAAGCGCUUCGGCCUAGAGGGUUGCGAAAUGCUUAUUCCGGCCAUGAAGACCAUUAUCGACAAAUCCAGCGAGUUGGGAGUCGAGUCGAUCAUCAUGGGAAUGCCCCAUCGAGGACGCUUGAACGUCUUGGCCAACGUCUGUCGCAAGCCCCUCGAACAAAUCUUUGCUCAGUUCGCCGGAUUGGAAGCCGCCGAUGAUGGAUCUGGAGACGUCAAAUAUCACUUGGGCACGUACAUUGAGCGAUUGAAUCGCGUGACGAAUAAGAACAUCCGUUUAGCCGUUGUGGCUAAUCCGUCGCAUUUGGAGGCCGUCGACACGAUCGUGCAGGGAAAGACGCGCGCCGAGCAGUUCUACAAGGGCGACAGCGAAGGCAAAAAGACAAUGUCGAUUCUUCUGCACGGCGACGCCGCUUUCUCUGGCCAGGGCAUCGUGUACGAGACGUUCACUUUGUCUGAUUUGCCCGACUACACGACCCGCGGCACGAUUCACAUCGUGGCCAACAACCAGAUUGGUUUCACCACUGAUCCCCGCCAUUCGCGUUCGUCGCCCUAUUGCACGGACGUGGCCCGCGUCGUCAAUGCCCCCAUUUUCCACGUCAACGCCGACGAUCCCGAAGCCGUCAUGCACGUUUGCAAAGUGGCCGCAGAGUGGCGCGCUACUUUCCACAAGGAUGUCGUGGUCGAUUUGGUGUCGUACCGUCGCGGUGGACACAACGAGAUCGACGAGCCAAUGUUUACGCAACCGCUGAUGUACAGCAAGAUCCGCAAAAUGAAGAGCGUCAUGGAAAAGUACAGCGCCAAGCUGAUCGAGGAGGGAACCGUCACCAAGGAAGAGGUCGACGAUGUCCGUAAUAAAUACGAGAAAAUCUGCGAAGAGGCCUACGUCAAAGCCCAGAAGGAAACUCAAAUCCGCUACAAGGAUUGGCUGGAUUCACCCUGGUCCGGUUUCUUCGAAGGCAAGAACCCGCUGAAAAUGGGCAAUACUGGCGUCAUUGAAGAGACUUUGAAGCACAUUGGCAAGCGCUUUUCCAGCACGCCACCCAACGCUGCCGAAUUUGUCGUCCACAAGGGUAUCGAGCGCAUCCUGCGCGCCCGUAUGGAGAUGGUCGAGACCCGCACGGUCGACUGGGCCCUCGGCGAGGCCAUGGCUUUCGGUUCUUUGCUCAAGGAAGGCAUUCACGUCCGCCUGUCUGGCCAGGAUGUGGAGCGCGGCACGUUCAGUCACCGCCAUCACGUCCUGCACCACCAAACGUCCGACAAGUCGACCUACAAGCCGCUGUGCAACCUGUACCCCGACCAGGCCCCUUACACCGUCUGCAACAGCUCGCUGUCGGAAUUCGGCGUCCUCGGCUUCGAACUGGGUUACUCGAUGACCAAUCCCAACGCCCUCGUCUGCUGGGAAGCUCAAUUUGGCGAUUUCUUCAACACGGCCCAGUGCAUCAUUGACCAGUUUAUCGCCUCGGGACAGUCCAAGUGGGUCCGACAGUCUGGCAUCGUCCUCCUUCUGCCGCACGGAAUGGAAGGUAUGGGUCCGGAACACUCGUCGGCUCGUCCGGAGCGUUUCCUGCACGCCUGCUCUGAAGACCCGGAGACUUUCCCGGCCGAAACGGAAGAGUUCGCCAUCCGUCAGCUGCACGACACGAACAUGAUUGUGGCCAACUGCUCGACUCCGGCCAAUUAUUUCCACAUCCUCCGCCGCCAGAUUGCCAUGCCUUUCCGCAAGCCGCUCAUCAUCUUCACCCCGAAGAGCUUGCUCCGUCACCCGGAAGCCAAAUCCUCGUUUGACGACAUGGUCGAGACGACCGGGUUCAAGCGAGUCAUCCCGGAGGCCGGUCUCGCCGCCAGCCAGCCGGAAGCCGUCCGCAAGGUCAUUUUCUGCUCCGGCAAGAUCUACUACGAGCUGAAGAAGGCCCGCGAGGAUCGCGGACUGGACAGCGCCGUGGCCAUCACCCGCAUCGAGCAGAUCUGCCCGUUCCCGUUCGACCUGAUCCGCGACGAGAUCAACAAGUACCCCAACGCCGAGUUGAAGUGGGCCCAGGAAGAGCACAAGAACAUGGGCGUCUGGUCUUUUGUCCAGCCCCGUUUCCACACGGCCAUGCAGGGCUCUAGCGAGCGACGCCUUAGCACUCCACCACAGCCUUCACCUCCCGACGCCUCGUGGUGGCGACGACAGUGGGCUCGACUAGCGGGCAGGCCAAGCUCGGCGGAUGUCAUUGCGAGCCAUCCAUCAGCGUCUGUUUCCGAAUCCGGCAGGGGGCCUGUUAGUUACGUCGGUCGCGGAGUUUCUGCUUCACCGGCUACCGGAAGCAAAAGGCAACAUUUGAAGGAAGCCGCCCAGCUGCUGGAGGACGCUUUCGCCGGAUUGUAGAAAAAAGCAGAAAAUAGGGUUCACGCAAAAAACAUUUUUUUGAAUUAUUCACGCAGCCCAAAAGAAUUUAGUGAAAAGAAGCAAUACGAAGAAGAAGAAGAAGAGGAAUAGUGAUUUCCACACUCUUUAAUAUCUCCCAUCCGUCACCCACCACCACUAUUGGAUGGUAGAAUUGUGCGCUUUGAGCCGCAAAAAUUGCAACGAUUUAGUAGAGAAGAACUUUUCUUGAUAAUCAAAGAAGAAAUACGGAGCCGUUAGUGUUGAUUUUUAUUAGCCUCAAUUCACGAAUAUUAUCCUGUCUUCUUUUUGUUUGAUUUUCCACACUCGUCUUUCUUUUUCUUAGUUCCUCCCUACCAGCCGUCCCGUCGCUCCCAGUUGAAAACAAAAUGUGCCCGCGUUUAAAUUAGAUAAGACGGCGAAAAGUGAUCAAGUCUUUAAAAAUAAUUUUUUUUUCUUCACUAUUUUAUUUUUAUUUUUCUGGGGAGAACGGGAAAGAAUUCAACAGAUGAAGAAAAAAUCCGCGGGCUUCUUCCUUUAAGAGAAGAAAAAAACAACGUUGAUUUGUUUUUUUCAAACACACACUAUACACAUUUAUUACUAACACACAUUACAUUCUAAUUGAGGUUGUGUUUGUCGUCUGCACCGGUCCUGUAGGUAUUUCGGGGAAAUGUUGUAUUUCUUAUUUUUUUUCUCUCUCUUUUUUAAUUAUUCUCAAUUGUUUCCUCCACAAAGAAAAAAAAAUGUUUCUCCUUCUUCUUCUUAAAUAUCGUCUUUAACUAAAAAAGAAUAAUAUAUACCAUUAAGAAUAUAUUAUCAACUAAAAUUACCAGAGGUUACAGCACACACACACAUCUUCCUAGGCCUUGAUAAAUCUUCAUAAUAAUUUUUUAUUUGGGAGGGAAAGGGUAGGAAUUAAUUAUUUUUGUGCACGUGAUUUUCUCUGUGUGUGUGUGUGUGAUUGAAAAACACUAAACAUUUAGGUGAAAAAAGAAACAUAGAAACUAUUUUGGAGAGAGAGUAGAGAAUGAGGAAGAAAUUAAUUGAUUGCGUCGUCUGUCGGAGGGGUGGGUUAUCAUUUGUAUAACCGGAGGCGACGAAAGAUAACCUGGGCGCGCGCGCUCGUGUUGCGUAUAUAGCCGUUGAUGGAGACCGUCCGAACCGGCUGUUGAUUUGGUGUGUUGAUGUUCAUUUGCUGUUGUAUACAGCACACGAUAAUAUCCCCAUCCACUCCCCCGCCCUUGGCUUGGCUAUACAUCUUUAAUCUAUCUGUCCAAAAAAGAAAAAGCACUUCCUCCACAUCCCGAUUUGAACCCAAAAACAAAUAAACUAUAAUACACUUUUUUUCCAUAGGGUUUUGACCUCAUA